UUGCUGCGGGAUCGGUUAAGGGAACCACCGAAAAGUAGCCUCAUCACCACUGCCAGCAGGUUUGUUGGCUUAAAUGAUUUUGAUCUACCGACAGUUAAAGUUAAUCGUGUGUGAGCUGUGAAGCGUGCUACCUCUGUUCUCAAUUAAGUAUAAUAAUCUAGCAAUCAAAAUGAUGCUUCGGUAUUCCACCGUCGCUACGCUGGUGGUGCUACUGGCCGGGGCGGCAUAUGCUCAAGACGAUCUCGACUCUCUGUUUGAGUCGGUUUUCAACAAUCCAGACAACAACAACAACAAUAACCCAGCUGCUGCAACGCCAGCUCCACUACCUCCCGUUGCUCCACCACAACCACCAGCACAGCGUCCAGCUCCAGCUCCAACUCAACCUCAACCGCAACCAACACCCGAAUACACAUGCAAGGGAACCUGCGUCCCAUACUACCUGUGCAACGAUAAUCAGAUCAUCACAGACGGCACUGGCAUCAUCGAUAUUCGCGUGGGAGAGGACUCCACCGUUGAAAACGAAUGUGCUAAUUAUCUAGAUACUUGUUGCGAAAAGGAACAAGUUUUGGUGGAGCCACCUCCAACUUAUACUCAGGCCCCGCCAGUGGGCAACAAAUACUCGUGUGGUAUGCGUAAUGCCGACGGUCUUGGAUUCAGAAUUACCGGCAACAAGAAUGGUGAAUCGGAAUAUGGUGAAUUUCCCUGGAUGGUUGCUGUUUUGCGGGAAGAUAAGGUCAUGGACUCGACGUUGAACGUCUACGAAUGCGGUGGUUCCCUGAUUGCCCCCAAUGUGAUCCUCACUGCCGCCCAUUGUGUUGCGAACAAACAGCAGGACACUUUGCUGGUACGCGCUGGUGAAUGGGACACUCAAACUAGAAAUGAACUGUAUCCUCACCAUGACCGUCGUGUGCGUGAAGUGAUUAUUCAUGAGCGUUUCAACAAGGGUUCACUGUUCAACGACAUUGCACUGUUGAUCUUGGAUGAACCAUUCGAGUUUGCUGAAAACGUCCAGCCAGUUUGCCUGCCACCAAGGAACCAUAACUUUGAUCACAGCCGGUGUUUCGCCUCUGGAUGGGGUAAAAAUGUUUUUGGAAAGGAAGGCAAAUACCAGGUCAUUCUGAAGAAGGUUGAAUUGCCGGUGGUUCCUCACCAGUCUUGCCAAUCGUCUAUGCGUACCACUAGGCUGGGAAUGCGAUUUAUUCUGGACAAGAGCUUCAUGUGUGCUGGAGGAGAAGUAGGACAAGACACCUGCCGUGGAGACGGAGGAUCGCCUCUCGUAUGUCCAGUACCUGGAAGUCCAACCCAUUACUACCAAGCUGGUAUUGUGGCUUGGGGUAUUGGCUGCGGUGAGAAGGGUAUCCCUGGAGUUUACGCCAGUGUUGCAGUUUUCAGAGAUUGGAUAGAUCAGCAACUAUCGCAGCGCCACGUCGAAGCAAAACAUUAUACGUAUGCUUAGAGAUUUCGAUAAAUAUGUUUUACACUACUGGUAGAGCAAUAAACAUAAACCUCUGGAAUGCAGAGUAAAUUUUGA